UCCAAACAAGAUAUGUCUUUUAUUUUUAUUUUUUUCUUUCUUUUCUCUAUUCUUCUCCGCCGGAGACAAGACGCAGCUCUUCCACUUCCAAGCGUCUAUGUUCUUCUUCCUCAUCCUCUGAACCGUCUUCUUCGUCUACAUGCCCCACCAAGCGAUCUAAGGUCAAGAUCGAUGCCGCUAUUGAAUCUGUACGUUAGAUCCGAUUGAGAAUCAAGGACCGGUUUCGGAUUCAGGAUCGGAAUCCGGAGAGCCGGAGCUUGGAUCCUCUGAUCCAGAGAGUGUGACCAGAGACCAAACGAGGUUAGCUUUUUCAUUGACAAGAGUAAGGUUCAAAAAGUGAAAAAGGACAAGCCCUUGCUUAUCUCCUGAAGAAGCUCAACACUGAAGGGAAGCUUCCUCUUAAUCAAAAGUAGGUUUGUAUUGUAUCAGUUUUUUUAUAUGCUUUGAUUUGCUUACGCAGGUGAACUGUGUCUCUAUCAUGGAUCAUCUAACUACAUGGAGAAAGAGGUUCAGUUUACAGGAAUAUUAAGUGAUAAAGCUCAAGAAAAUCCAGACUUUUUCAAUUGGAAUAGAGUUAAGCUUUGUUACUGUGAUGGUGCUUCUUUCAGUGGAGAUGGUCAGAAUGAGGCUGCACAGCUUCAGUUUAGAGGAGAGCGUAUCUGAAGAGCAGCCAUAGAUGAUUUAAAGGCCAAUGGAAUGAGAUACGCCGGCCAGGCACUUCUCUCUGGAUGCUCAGGUGGUGGUUUAGCAGCUAUCCUACGUUACGAUGAGUUCAGGAACUUGUUCCCUGGUUCCACCAAAGUCAAGUGCUUAAGUGACGCAGGCUUGUUCUUGGACAAGAACUUAUACAAUGGUAUAGUAGAGUUUCAGAGUGUGAAAAACAACCUGCCUCGUCUGUGCACAAACCAUCUUGAUCCAACUUCGUGUUUCUUCCCAGACAAUCUGAUCAGUCAGAUGAAAACUCCACUUUUCAUUGUCAACGCUGCAUAUGAUACAUGGCAGAUACAAAGCAGCAUAGCUCCAACAUCAGCAGAUCCUAGUGGGUUUUGGCAUGACUGUAGACUCAACCAUGGAAAGUGCACACCUGGUCAAAUGCGGUUCUUGCAAGGUUUCAGGGAUCAGAUGCUGAGAGUAGUUAAGGGCUUCUCAAUGUCUAGACAGAACGGUUUGUUCAUAAACUCAUGCUUUGCUCAUUGCCAAACCUCGUCGAGCAAAUCAACUUUAUGGUUUAGCUUAGGUUUAAGUUUUUUUCUGGUUUUAGUUUUGUAAACCAAUUUUAAUUUAUAAAUAAAAUUAAUUUUAAAUUUUA